AUGCGCGACAAGGAGGAGACGGCAGAGAGCAGGCGGCUUUUGUUUCCGAAACAGACAGACUGGAGCCAAAUCAAUUUUACCUUCCUAGUAUUUGUACUGGGAAUCAAAACGGUGUUUUGCAUUUUAUUAUUUAUAUACAACCAUGUGUUGCUAUUUUUUAUAUUCUUCAUGUCCACAGUCAUUUCGCUGUACGCACUGGUUGUAAACACCUUCAAAGCAUUAACCCUAUACAUAGUCAUUUUAACGUCCAUCCUAACAUCGAUCUUUUUGUCUCUAUUUAAUAUCAUACACGUAGAUUAUAUAUCUAGCGUUUUUAAAGAGGUGUUUCUCUCCACUGUGUCAUAUUCAGUGUUACCCUUGUUCAUAUUAGAAUUAUUUGUAGCGAUUAUUUACACAUGUUUGAAAAGGAGAAGAAGAGGAUACAUCGAAAAACGUUUAAGGGAAUUAAAAAUAAUCAUCGAUGGAAGGAGAAACAAAGAGAAAGGAGAAAAACUCCUAUCGUUGCAAAUCGAUUUGGAGAAAAAUGAACUGAACACAUAUGACAAGACGUAUAAGUACUACUUGACUAAUUACAAAAACAAAAAGUACAUCUGCAUUGAGAAGAAUACUGAUUAUUCCAGUGAUGAGGAGGAUCCAAGAACCCAUCACAUCGGAAACGACUACAUCGAUUACAAUACCAUUUCGUCCAAGUGCUCAACUUUGAAGAAUCAGCAAUGUAGCAGUGGUAAAAAACACUUCCAAGCGGAAAAAAACGCAAAUAAAGGAUCUCCCCAAAGUGACUCCCUGUCCUACUACCACGUCAGCGAGGAUUUAAGUUUUAUCCAUUCGGGAAUUAAAAAAUAUGCUAAACAGAACGAAAAAAGUCAUGCGAAAGAGAAAAAAUCGAGAGGAAAGGGGCAAACGGAAAGGGAUACCCACACUCCUGGUAGUUGUGGUGAUGGUUAUGGUAGUCACAUGCACAGUGCGAGCCCUCACACGAAGGAUAGGGAGCGCCAAUGGAGCAAUGACAAGCAUAGUAUUACUGAUAAGGACUACACCAUCUUGUUCCUAACGCAGCAGAUCGAACGAUGUAAUAGCAAAACCAUGUCUAACACCUGGACGGAGACUCUACCAAAUCACACACCAGAUCAGGGAGAGAAUUCCAAAAAGGGUUCCGCAGAAUAUAUAAAAAAUUCAUUUUCGUUGGAAAAUUCCGAAGUAAAUUAUAUAAUUGAAAAUUUUAUCGAAAAGAACAAGGAAGAAGGCACACAAAGUGUAGAUCCCCUGUUUGACGUCACCAAACAGACUGAACAACAAAAUGGAACAGGGGAUACUGCACAGAAGAUGGACGAAUUAGACAUGGGAAGCAAAAGCAGGCAGAUGAAUGACGGCCUCGCACAGAAAGAGGUGCCACAGGAUGGAACACCACAGGAUGCGGCACCGCAGGAUGAGACCCCAUUGGAUGAGACCCCACUGGGAACAUUCGACUAUACCCCGUUACCAAAUGUAGAGAACCAGGCGGAAGAAACGAAUGUACAAAAUGACGAAGAAAAAGGGGACGAUCUAUUGAGCCACAUGACCUCCCAGGUAGAGGAAGAACUGAUGAAAAUUAUGACAAGCCAGAGAAGUGAUCACGAGGAGGCAAUUUACGCAGAAUGCAAAACUGAGGAAAAGGACUCCGGUCAAUUUGCGGACGUAGAAGAUCAUCAUGAUCAUAUCUGUGCAAAGUUCGAAGCACAGAAAAAUAAUCAGGGGGACGAGCUUCAUUCAACUACGAGUGAGAUAGAGGCGAACCAAAAAAGCCAAUCGGGUGCCGGAGAAGUGGAUCCAAAUGACAUACCUAAUAGGACGCAUAAUCCCCUAUUUUAUGGCGCCACCAACAUGGAGGAGGAAACAGAACAAGUGAACGGAACGAAUGAACAGGAACUGUUGAUGGGUGAACAGUAUGACAAAUUUAAAAAUGCAGAAAUGGGUACACAGGAAAAUUCCCAAAGUGAGGUGACACCCGUAGUUAGCCCAACAAAUCAAGCGGGUGAGCACACCGGAAAGGUAGCGGCUACGCAUGAUGGAGAGUCCUACCUGGAAGUGCAGCUCAAGCUGGAGGAAGAAAUCAAAGAACAGCGGGAGGAGAAGUCGGAGGAGCAGUCAGAGGAGCAGUCGGAGGAGCAGUCAGGGCAUCAGUCGGAGGAGCAAUGGAACGAGCUUCCCACGGAGAAGCCAUCCGAAUUGCCAUCAGGGGGGGCUUUCCAAUCACCCAUCGAGUUGCCGUCCUAUUUGCCCGUAAAACUUCAAUCCGGGAAACCAUCCCAGUUUCACAUAGAACAGCUCGCAGCCCUCCCAAGCUCCCCUGUGUCAAGCAUUCCAAACGGAAAAGAAGAAAAGGACGAUGGGGAUGAAGACAACGGGUACAGCCAAAGUGACAACACCUCGGAGUCGAAAAAAACACAUGAAGCUGAAAAGCAGGUGAGAAAUUUCCUCUGUACCAAUUUAGAGGAGACCAAUCUGCUAAGGAGUGCAAAUUACGCGGUAGAUACAAAGGAAUGGAUAAAGCUAGAAAAAGAAGACAUAGAAAUGUUGAAGCAAUCUGUUAAUAUCGACAACAUUGAGCACAUACCAAUUGAUGAUUUUUACACAAAAAAUAUAAAAGAACGUGGUGCUAAUCUGUUUUCCUACUCCAUUCAUUCGAGUAACAUGUCUGAAUUUCUCAAAAUCGGGGUGGACCAAAAGGCAUGUGCUAGCUGGGGUGCACAACAGGAGGAGAGCCUGACCAGCAGUGACGACAUAUGCAAAAAAAUAAAUUUCACAAAUUUGGAAAAUAAGAAAAAUACUUAUGUCACCCUUUUUGAUGAUGGAGUUAUCCUCCCCCUAGGGGGCAUUAACGAAAAGGAAAAGGUCAUGGAAUGGAUGAACCGCCAACAAAUGUGGACCUCCCAUUUGGACUGUAACAAAAUGGAUUCAAUGCACGAAUCUUCUCAUGAGGAAGGAGCUAACCAAACGGGGGAAGAAAACCCAUCGAAUGACUUCCAACCGAUUGAGGAUUCCCAUCAAAAGUGGAGUGAAAAGGAGCAACUAGAUGAUGGAAAAGAAAAAGAGUCCAGUGGAAAAGGCCCAUAUCCAUUCGCACAACUCCAAAUCAGUAGUAGUAACGCCUUCAGUUCUAACUUAUACACAACGGAACACGGGGGGUAUAGCAAUUACGAGGAGGUCAUAAAGGAUAACUCGAAUAUUGCAGAGGCCUUUCUCAAUAGUGCUAUGUAUGGGGAGAAGAGCGAAAUGGGCAGAAGUAACAUCAGCGAUGAACUUCCCCCAAGUAGCUUCUACAACCAGAACGACAAUAUAAUCCUUAAUUACAGCAGUUGUAAUGAUGACACCCAGAGUGUGCCAAAUAGCUCCCUCAUUCUCGUCAAAGGGGAACAUGGCACGAAAGAAUCAGAGAACUCGAUAAGCAUCUUCAAUCGGGGGAACGACACGAACAGCGGUAACACCAAUGAACCUGCUAAAUGUAUGGACGAUAAAGAUACGAAUAAAAAACAAAACGAUACGCAGAACACUGGUAGUAAUGACAUGUGCGAAACUACGUCCAUAUUUAAACAACGGAAAUCCUUCUUCGAAAAUUUAAAAAAAGACAAGUCGUUGAGCAGCCACCCCGCAAAAAUAUCGCUCAGCAAUGAAAGGAACGUCCUCAGAAAGGUGAGUGGCAAAAGUGAGGGAGAAGUCCUCAACUCCAACUCGUCAAUAAAUCAACACAAAAAAGGGAACAUCCCAGUAGAAGAAUCAAAUAUGAACAGUUCCACCCCCGAAGGGGAAGAUAAUCAGACGAGCACAGAACUCCCUCCAGAAAAAUUUGCAAAGUUAAAGAAAGCGAAAAAUAUAAAUGACAAUUUUUACAUCAUAAAUGACAAGCUGAAGAGCAUCGGUAAGGAAAAGAAGGACACGUCUGUUAUGGGCAUAUCUCCAAAUGAGCAGCUAACACCCUCAAACGAUCUAGCAGGUAGCAGUACACCCGAUCUACCAAACCAGGUUAAAGAAAACGAAAUGGGAAAAGCAAAAAGCAUUGACGAAAUGGGGGAAGAAAAAAUCAUCGAUGAAAUAGCCAACUCUGAGAGUAAGCAAAAAAUAACGCAACAUUUUGUCAUUUACGAUCAAAGCGAUUUGGCAACGCCCAGUAAAAAACUGGAUGAAGGAACGCCAACCAUGGGGGAACCCCACAACUUGGAAAAAAAAAAAAUCGAAGGAACCGCAUCCAACACGGUAAUCAACCUGAACUACUGCACUAUUAAUUCGAGAGCGGGAAUACAUAUAAAAGACGGCAAAAAAUAUAUGUUCAGUUCGGCUACCCAACUGAGUAAAGAUAUUUUCAUAAAUUCGGGAAAUGCAGAAAAAAUUAUUCACGAUGUAAAAACUGAAGGCAGUUAUCACAAGGCAUCUCUGCUUAGCCAAGUUAAGGAGGUUCCCACGUUUGGUAGCAAUGAAGAACCCAGCUUCCAGCACAGGAAAAAAAAAUUCACAGAAUUGAAAAACAAAACCACUCCUAUGAAUAGCAAUCCCAUGAAUAGCAAUCCCAUGAAUAGCAAUCCCAUGAAUAGCAAUCAUAUGAAUAGCAAUCCUAUGAAUAGCAAUCCUAUGAAUGACGACACCCCCCCCGCGGAAGUUACAAAUUCGAAGCUGAGUGCAUUCGCCGACAUGAACUCAGACGACACGAAGAAAGUCUUGCCAAGUGAACACAUGCAAAGCGAACACAUGCGAAACGAACACGUGUCCAGCGAGGUGAUGAACUCGGAAGCGUGCCCCUACUCCGGCGGUUUGUUGCCUCCUGCUGAUAAAUCACUUCUCACGGGAUCUACACAGAUAGACAAAUUAAAGGACGAUUUUUUGAAUAUGAAUUCCUGCGACAGCAGCGUCAUGUAUAGGGACUUCAUGGAUGCAAUGAAUUCGGAGGGGCGUCCGGAGGUGGAACAGGUGGAAGGGGCAGAAGUGGAAGAGGUAAAAGAGGAAGAGGUAGAAGUGGAAGAAGAAGAAGAAGUGGAAAAGGCAGAAGUGGAAGAACAAGUGGAAGAGGCAGAAAUGGAAGAACAAGUGGAUGCAGUUCCAGAACUAGUAGAAGUUAUUUCAGAACAGAUGAAAGUUCCUUCUGAGCCGUUGGAAGCCACUUCCAAGUCAGUGGAGGCGCCCCCCGAACAGGCAGGUAAUAACCUCCCACAUGGAACAUCGCACACCGCAGAGGAAGAGGCAGAUGCACAGAUGGAGGAGGGGCCUAAAUCAAACGGCCCAAACGAUGCAGCUCUGGAGAGCGAAAAUCUCUACGUGCUGGACGAUCUGCCCACACAAAAGGCACACCUAGAAAUGGAAAAAACAAACGCUAUGGGGAAUACGAACCCUAGCUAUGACGUAUCAUCCGAUGUGCACACAGAUAAGCAUGAGGCGGGCGAGGCAAAUGCCGCAAGUGAUCAUUUGAAAGAGGACCAAUCACCCGACACUGCAACGGACGUGAAGGAAAAUUACACAAACGAAAUGUGCACAAAGAAUGGCGCAGAUGAACAACCCUUUAGUGAUGACAAGGCGGAGAGAGAAGAGAAGCCGAACGAGGAGUUAACUGCUAAGGAAAUAUUGCAAGAAGAACUCACAACAAAGGACAACUUCGAAAGGGACGAAACAGAGCCAAGUUACCCACACGAAGAGGACACUCCACUGGGGGAAGCAGCUAUAUAUGAAGGUAACGAAAUACCCCCCGUAAAAGAAAAAAAAGAGGACAUCACUUCAUCGCCCACAGAACAAGCGCUAGACAAUUUAGAAAAUAUAAUCGACCCCCCCAUGGUAGAAGCAAGCACCGGGGGUGGCGAACCAAAGGAGGAAGUGCCCCCAGAUGAAGAAAACAGUGGCGACGAAAUUGUUGACCAUAAUAACCAUAUAGAUGCCUCUGAGAAGGCAAAAGAGGGACUGAAUGAAAGUCAAACUGCAUCCAAACUUAACCAGGAAAGGGCUAAGAAUUAUAAAAAUAAAAAAAACAAUAAACGGAGGAAUAAAAGAAGAUGA